UCUUACUGAUUCCACCUAAAUAUCAAUCUAAUCAUUAAAUAUAACAUCAAUAUUGUGAACAAAAUUCAGUCGCAUGAAGAUUAAUCUUUGCAGUUACACGCACAGAAUAUAAUCAUUCAGAGAUAUAAUAUUUUUUAAAAAACAUGUGAAGAGGUAGUUAUAUAGAAUCUGAGAAUCUCAGUAAGGUUGUCCAUACCAUAUAUCAUAUGAUACUGUCCCACAAACAUACCCUUCUCAAAUCAUUCCUUCAUUACAAAACAAUCACCAACUUUGUCCUUAGGAAAACAUACAAAAUCCUAAUAUCUAGGACUUUCUGUUUCAUCUCUGUGUCUCUUUUUACAGGAUCCUCCCAUGCUACUACCAUAGUAUCAUGUCAAUGUUUCAUUUGAUAUAUGGUAUAUGGUUAGUCCUGUCUAUGAGAUUUUGUGUACUUGAUGUUUCCACUUCAUGUUGUCCGUAUCGGUUUUUUCGACAAAACAAUCGAAAAUUCGAGCAGAAAACUGAUAAGUUUUGGAAGUUUAGUGAAAUAGAUGAUACAUGGAUUGAAGUCAAACUACCAUGUGAUUUGGUUCCUUGUGUUGAUAGUGAAGUGAAUAAAAGGGAAGAAAGGUUGGAACAAGAAGAUGAAUUGGAUGAGAAAAAGAUGAGUUUGGAAGUGAUUCUUCCUUUGAGAAAGAGAAUUUGUUUGACAAAAAUGUCUGAUACCUCUGUUUGGAUCAUUGGUGAAAGUGGAUUUAUCUAUGAGAGGUUUUGGAAUGGACUUGAGUGGGUGAUUGCUCCUCAUGAUUUACCUAUAUCACAAGGACAUGCAGUUGCGGUUUUUAUCAUUUCUCAGAAAUUUUUUGCUCUAUCUGAUUCAGGAAAUUUGUAUCAGAUGCAUGUGCAGCUUGGUGAAACCUCACAACCAGUUUGGAUUGAAUUCACACAUACACUAGAUCAAAUCUCGGAUACUGAUUUGAUAGUCAUAAAAUCUGGUGCAGUGUCAGAUGAUAGGAAGAGAGGUUAUUUCUGUACAAAGAAAGGAACAUUGAUAGAGCUAGCAGAAGUUGAGCCUCCAAGAUGGAUAAAUCAUGGCCAACCAGGUGGAGCAAAUGUUGCAGCAAUAGCUGAUGUUGCUUCUUCGCGAGAAGUAGUUUACACGAUAAGUUCUGCUGGAGAUCUUUAUGAAUAUAACAGUAAAUCAAAACCGUCAUGGAAGAAGCACAUAUGGCAAGAAAAAAAGGCACAAGUUUCAUCUUUGAUACCAUCUAAGGGGUGCACUUUACAUGGAUUAAUUGGUGAUCAUUCUGAAUCGCUGUUUCUUUUAACCAAGGAAGGAACUUUAGUGGAGAGAAGAUUACAUCAAAGGAAGUGGAAAUGGAUAGUCCAUGGAAAUCCACCACAUCAAAAUUUGACAUCUAUUACACCAUCUUUGAGAGAUGAAUCUAGUGAAACUUCCAUUUCUUUAUUCUUCACUACUUCUGUUGGAUCUGUUUUUGAGUAUCAAAUUCCAAAACAAUUAGGCACUUCUCCAAAUAAUCAGUUUCCAGGAGGAGAGUGGAUAAGUCAUCAGCACCCUUUACAUGCAAAAGCGGCAAGAGGUAAACCAGGCUUACCAUUACAUGUUGGAAGGAUACUCUUUGUACUAGAUGAUGGUAGAGUUGCAGAAUUACAUAUAGCAGGACUAGGUGGUGAGAGCGCUGGACCAUCAAUGCCACAAAACUUUAGAAGAAAAACAUCCUCAACCAAAUAUGUUUGGUCCAUAUUAGAUGCACCAGAGAGUGAAGGAUGGAAUGCAGAAUAUUGCACAGAAGAGCGCGGACCGCGGAAUUGUAUGACAGGUAUAAAAGAUGAGUCAAAAGACUCGGGAAUCACAAGUUCAGUAACAGGUAGGAGAAAGCAAAGCCAAGAACAUCAUUAUUACUUAUCUCCAGAAACAGGAAAUGAACUUAUUAGUUCUUUAGAAGAAUACCAAUACAAUCUUCCUGAUGAUUGGAUUAGUAGUAAUUUUCGCCUGCGACUGAUGUAUGAAGGCAAGUCGUUUUUCUUGGUGACGAGUAAUGGUUUGAUUUUUGAACAUGUUUGUAUUGAAAGUGUUUGGAUAUGGCUGAAACAUGAUAGCUCUACCGAAAUGAAUGGUAUAGUAGGGAACUAUAAUGGAAGUUUAUUCAUGGUUGAUACUUUUGGAAGUGUGUUUCUUAGAGAAUGGAGUGGAAAUGAAAUAGCAUGGAAGAAUUGCACUGAUAUGAGGAGAGGAAAACAUAUUGUUGUUGGGGGUCAACCAUGGGAUAGAUUACCAGGUAUAGCAAGGAGGGGUACUACUGAAGAUUCACUCUUCUUUGUGAGCAAAAAUGGAAGAUUGAUGCAGUUCACGGUUUACAUGAGGAAAUUCAAAUGGAAGGAUUGUAAAAAUCCUCCAAAUGUCAAAGUUGCAAACAUAGUUGAUCAGGAACUGUUCAGAGAGAACAUAAUCUUCGUCACAGGAAGAAACGGACGCUUAUACCAAUACAACAAAGUAAAUGAUUUAUGGCAUGAACAUUACCAGUCUCAGCAUUUGAUUCUUUCAAAUUUUCCUGGAACGGUUAUAAGACCAAUGUCAAAAUCACUCACAGGCUCCAUCUUCAUGCUCUCAAAAGACGGUGGCCUAGUUGAAUACAGCUGGAAUACAUGGAAUGAAUGGAAUUGGAUAGAACAUGGAACACCUUAUAAAGGUGUAAAACUCGUUGGCUCACCUGGUCCUAGCUUUGAAGGGAAUCAAUUACUUUUGAUUGGUUCAGAUGGAAGAGUAUACCUUAGAUAUAUGGAGAAAAAUGCAUGGAAGUGGAAGGAUUGUGGUUUUCCUACUUUAGGAGAUAAAACUAUUGAAGCAGACGAUAGAGAAGAAGGAUUCAAUGAUGAAGAUACUAAAAAAGAGCAGGAGAAUCUUGGUGACUUAUCAAUCUUGAAUUGUGAUCCUAAGGUGACAUCUACAAGACCAAUUCCAUUUUCUGCUGAUUCUGCUAUAUUUGAACUUAGAGAUGGCAGGUUGGCAGAGAUACAAGUUGGAGAGGGGAAAGAAUGGGUUUGGUCAAGGAUCAUUGGUACUCCAAAUAGUUUAUGCAUACAAAAUUAUUGGAUUACAGUGGCAUCAUCACCAUCAUGAAAUUGUGUACAAUCUCUUAUAAGAAAAUGAUGAGCCAGAAAAACUUGAUGACUUGAUGACUUGAUGUACAGCAUAGAUAGUGUAGUGACUUUUAUGCUAACAAAGAAGAAAGAAAAGUACUAGUUAUAGCUACAACAGGAUGGAGCUGUGCCAUCUCUUCACAUGUAAAAAUAUGUAUAAACAAGUUGAAGCUACAGCAACAUAUAUGAAUAAGAAUAUGUCCUCUUCAUAAUCA